CAUUGGAAGCUGGGGUUGGGCUGUAGGGAGGUUGGUGCUUGUUUACGUUCGCUAGCGAGGUGGGGUUUACAUGGGAAAUUCUUUGCGGGAGAGACGUUUAUAAUGAAACUAUGCGAGGCUUAGCUGCAGGCUCAGCUAUAUAAGCUGCUAUGCAUAAUGUAUUUUAAAGCUUGACGCUAUCAGAAGAACGCCAAUACCCGGAGCUUCGAUCUGCCAAAUCCACAAUCCGGGUUGUUGUGCAGGUGUUAGAAAUGUUCUCAACUCAGAAGACAGUGCAUCAUUUACCUAAUGAAAUACUGGAGAAAAUAUUUUCCCACUUGUCAGUUUAUGAGCUGGCUCGAGCUGCAAAUGUAUGCAGACGCUGGGCAGAAUUGCUCCAGGACACAAGACUGUGGAAAGGGAAGAGAUACGAUGUUGAAGAAAUUGAGAAAAAGGAUGACAUUUUAUUAGUUGCAGGGGUCUGGCCUGCAUUAAUUUAUCUUAAUCUUGUUAAAGGAGAUCGUUUCAGGAUGUCAUUGAAUGUGGCUGGGGCAUCUGUUGAGCUUCCAAACUUGACAGACAAGACAAUACAUUCCAUAGUUGGUACCCUUAUGACAAAAACUUUGUCAGUUGAUGUUCGCCUUCUUGAUGAAGGGCUAGAGAAUUGUCUUGCAGUUCAGACUCAGAAUUUACUUAGGCUUUCAGUGACAAUACCUCCUGGUCCAUUGAACCGAGACAUGAUAAAGCGUACAGAGUCCAGCUUGAAAGCAUUGGCUCACACAUUUUCCAUAGGCGCUGUUCCAUCUCUUCGCUCUUUGCGAAUUAGUAGUGAGAGUGCAGCAGAUGCUAAGUAUGACAGCUGUGCUGGUAGUGAGGUUAUUCUGUCAUUGAGAUCAUGUCCAGAACUCAAGCAGCUAAGAAUCUCUGGAUGUACUUGUGUGUCUUGGAAAAUGGUUGGUCGCAGAGACGAGUUACGUGUUUUGUCUGUUGUUCAUUCAAAAAUGAAGGAAUUCUUAAUCCAUGAGCAAUGUCAAAAUUUGAGAGAUAUCACACUUGAGCAUUGCCCCUUCUUGAAAAAAAUACAGUUCUGGGCUAAGCACCAUAGUUUGAAUUUGCAGUCGCUGCGCAUCUGCAACACCAGCAUAAAUUCAGAGGCGCUGGAGUAUGUGUGUAAAGCUGCACCUGGGCUUGAUGUACUUGUUAUUCAGUCUUGCCCUAAAAUAACAUUUACAUCAUUUGUUCGCCAUUGCUUCAAUCUGCAACAUUUUGAACUGAGCAAAUGGUCACCCGACGAGAAGUAUUUCUAUUUUGAUCUUGCUCUGCUACCCUCAGGUCUGCGACAUCUGUCGAUGAUGAAUACAACAGUGCGUGAGGAACAUAUGGAUCAUAUUUUGAAGCGACUGCCAAUGCUGGAAACACUCAAUCUGGGUGGUUGUGUGUGUAUAUCAUCUGUAUCUUUUCUUGAGCACUGCCCAGAGUUAGUUGACUUGAAUCUGUCCGGCUUGUGCCAAGUCCCAGCUACAUCAUUUUCUGUUCUGGCAGAGUUGAGGAAACUGAGAAACCUCAAUCUUCGAAACUGUUCUCUCAGCAGUAAUCUCUUGUGUGGCAUACUACAGAAAAUGCCAAACCUAAAGAAACUGGAUCUCUCUUGCAUACAAACAAUUGGUGACCUGUUUUUUGUCACAAAAUGCCACAGCUUGCGCUGUUUGAACAUGUCUCAUUGCCCUCGUCUCUCACCAGACAUCACAGAGUUGCGGCAGCUGACUGAUGUAAGGACGUUGCGCAUCUAUGGAGUGCCAGGUCGCCCAUUCAUAACAGACCUUGAGAGAGACAUCCACAACAACUAAUCCAGUAAUCUGGGAUUGUGAUGAGUUCUACAUGAGAAGAAAUCAGUUAACAGAUGUGUGUUUCAUUCUCUGUGUGUGUGUGUGUGUGUGUGUGUGUGUGUGUGUGUGUGUGUGUGUGUGUGUGUGUGUGUCGUGAUGGCAUGUGUGCCUAAUGUGUCAUAUCUAUGUUACUGAAAUGUAGUUUCUCUGCAAUAUUUUGUUUCCUAUUUGUGAUAUCAUAAUUUAUAAUCUUAUUUUACCUGUUACAGUAUUAAAAAUGGACUAUUCACUGUAUGUGUUAAGUAUUGUGUAAAACUGAUUACAGUGAAAAGUGCAACAGCAAGGAAUUUAUUAGAUAACACAUUAGUGAAGGUAUUUAGUACCUGCACUACAACAUGGUACAAAUUUUAUUUUAUGUGUUACGGUACAAAUUUUGUGUUACAUAUUUACAAAGUUAUCAUUUCUUUGUGGUUGAACAAUAUUCACCAUAAUUUGAAACGUGAUUUUGCAUGUUGAAAUUUAUUAAUGUUGACUUACAUUCCAACUAUUACAAGGUAUGGGAAACGUUGCUUCUGUUCAGUUUCCAUGAUUCAGCCCAGAAUAUGUCUAGAUGUUUAUCCUGAUUGUAAGUCUUUCAAGCCCACCAAGAGUUAUGGGCUACUUGAGAUGCACAGCCACACUGUCAUAUGGAUGAGGGACCCACACUGAUACCAAAUGGAUAUUUCAAUGUUAAAUACUUUGUGUUCUUUUGUACUAUGUAGUCCAGGAAAGAGAAAUUUUCUGAGAUUCGGUAAACACAUGGAUGCACAUGAAGAUUUAUCAAAACCUGUAGAAGACUGGAAUGUCAAAUGUUUAUUCUGAAGGAAUUAACAUGUCUAAGUUACUAGCAAAUGUUGUAUGCUUAAUUCUGAUAAUUUUCCCUGGUAUGCCAGUAGACAAACGUUUGAAAAUGCAAGUUUAGGUAGAGUACAAAAAAUUAUGACACACUGAAAGUAAUAACUGGUUUUAAGCUCAUCAGCAUCAUAGAGCAAACUCUGAAUAUGGAGGUCUUUAAUUAAGAAAACAGUCUUUUUAGAUCUGGAAGGGUGGUGGAGUGGGUGUGGGGGGGUAGAAAUAUAAAAAAUAAGCUGAGGAAUGUGGCAGAUAAACAAACAAAAUCAUUUAUUUAAUGGUCAUGUGUUCUCCAAGAAAAUUGCAAAUCAACCUGCCUCUGCAUAACUUGCUGCUUUCUCUUAAUUUCUUAGUUAUGUUCAGUUUGUCUUCUGUUUCUGUUUCAUGCCUCUUUCCUGUUUGUAGUUUGCAUUCAGUUGACACAUGGGUGGACAUGAAGAUCGAUCAAAAUAAUUUGAUAUACUUAAUACAAAUCUGCUGAAGCCUACUUUGCCAAAGAUUUGUUUGGAGGAAUUUGCAUGUAUAAUUUACUGCAUAAUGUUCUGAGGCUCAUUGUGAUAAUUUUUCCCGAUGUACUAAUAGGCAAAAAAUUGAAAUUCCAGCUAAGAAUGUAUUGAAGAAAUGCUAUAAGACACACAGAAAGUAAUUAUUCGUGCUAUCUUCAUCUUCAGCAUCAGAAAACAAAUUCUGACUAUGAAGAUCUGUAACUAAGAAAUGUAUUUCUUGUUGAUUUGGAUGGAUAGUGGGAAAACAGUGGAGGUGGUGCGGUUGAUGUGGAAAGAAGCAAGCUGAGAAAUUGUGGGAAAUCAAACAAAACACUUACUUAAUAGGCAUGUGUUUUCCGAGUAAGCUACUGGUGUAUCUGCCUAACUAGCUGCCUUUUCUUAGUUUCUUUGUGAUGUUCAGUUUGUCUUCAGCUUUUACUACAUGUCUCUGUCAUGCUCUUAGUUUUUCCUCACUUUAACUUUCCUGUUUGCCACCUUUUCUACCUGCCUUCACUAAUAUUAUUUUCCCCUCUUCCAAAGAAAGUUUUUCUUGUCCUGACACUAAGUAAUGGCAUUGACUUUUGCUACCACAUUCUUUAUUGCAUUUCAGGCAGUGCGUUUGUAUAUCCUUAAUUUAGAUCUUCCAAAGAGCUUACAGUAAAUGGUUAUUUUUACUGUUUACUACUAUAAGACUGUUAACUGGCAAGUAGGGAAAAUGUGUAUGAUAUGUUACUUAACUUAAUAUGAAGCAAGAGUUCUGUGAUUUUCUUCUAUGUGCAUGUGUUUGGCUUGUCACAUGGGAACAUACAACAGUUUCUUCUAUUUUGUGUGUGUUAUGUAAAAUUUAUGUAGUCAGUUGUACCUGUUUCAGUAUUAAAAUGAAGAUAUUUCUGUGUAACACGAGAAAAAAAAGAAAAAAAAGAAAAAGCAAACAUGGUUAUGACUAUAGUAAGGAAAAGUGAUGUACUCAUGAGAAGACUGAGUUUAUGUGUAAGCUGGGCAUAAAUGUCUAGGGCCAUAGCAAAAGUUGGAAACCCAAACAGUCCUGUUGACGUUACGUUAUCAGGAACUGUCAGAUUUGUCAGAAUACCAGAAUAAUUAUACCAUCUUGUUGUAAUGUCAGCAACUGAAGAUUUAUUAUGUAUUUUGCUGUCAGAUACAAGAUGUAAUCAUGUGUUGUGUCUAAAGUAAAACCAGUUUUUUGCUCUUCAUGCAAAACUUUCCUUCAGUAUCAUACUGUGUCUAUGAUGUCUGUAGUGUACAUUGGUGUGUAGAUACACUUGUUCUUUUACUCAGUGAUCCUGUCUUUAAGUUUAAUGAUUUGUUUUUAGACCAUUUACAUACCGAAAUGAAAAGAAAUGCUACUGUAAUAUGCUCUUUCUUUUCUUUUUCUUUUUUUCCCCUUUUUAAGAACAUACAAGGUAGUGUUAGCAACUGAAUAUUUACCCUGUGUUUAACUGUCAGAUACGAGUUAUACAUGUGUUGUGUGUUAAAAGUAAACCCCAGUUUCAUAACGAAUUGUUGCUCGUCGUGCAUAGCUUUUCGUCAGGAUCAUAUUGUGUUUAUGAUAACUGUAGUGUACAUUGGUGUGUAGAUAAGCUUGCUCUUUUAUUAAACUGAUCCUGUCCUACAUUUCAUGAUUUGUUUUUAAACUGUUUAAUCUACAGAAAUGAAAAUAAAUGUGACAGUAAUAUAUUCUUUUCUUAACUGACAGUCAUGCUUUGUGUAAAGAACAUACAAGGUAAUGUUAGCAACUGAAUAUUUACUCUGUGUUUAGCUGUCAGAUACAAGAUGUAAUUGUGUGUUGUGUCUAAAGUAAAACCAGUUUUUUGCUCUUCAUGCAAAACUUUCCUUCAGUAUCAUACUGUGCCCAUGAUGUCUGUAGUGUACAUUGGUGUGUAGAUAAGCUUGUUCUAUUAUUCAUGUGAUCCUGCCAUAUGUUUCAUGAUUUGUUUUCAGACUGUUUAACCUACUGAAAUUAAGAGGAAUAUGACAGUAAUAUGCCCCUUUCUUUGCUGACAGUCAUACUUUUUUUUUAAAAAAAAGAACAUACAAGGUAAUUUCAGCAACUGAAUAUUUACUCUGUGUUUAGUUGUCAGAUACAAGAGAUAAAUGUUUUGUUAUGUGUCAAAAGUGAAAUCCAGUUCUGUAAUGAAUUGUCGCUCUUCACACACAACUAUUCUUCGGGAUCACACUGUUUCUAUGAUGUCUGUAGUGUACAUUGGUGUGUAGAUAAGCUUGUUCUUUUAUUCAAAUGAUCCUGUCCUAAGUUUUAUGAUUUGUUUUUAGACUGUUUAACCUACAGAAAUGAAAAGAAAUGUGACAGUAAUAUAUUCUUUUCUUAACUGACAGUCAUGCUUUGUUUAAAGAACAUACAAGAUAAUGUUAGCAACUGAAUAUUUCUCUGCAUUUAGCUGUCAGAUACAAGAUGUAAUUGUGUGUUGGGUCAAAAGUAAAACCCUUUUUGUAAUGAAUUGUUGCUCUUCAUGCAGAAGUUUCGUCAGUGUCAUAAUGUGCCCAUGAUGUCUGUAGUGUGUACAUUGGUGUGUAGAUAAGCUUGUUCUUUUAUUCAAGUGAUCCUGCCCUAUGUUUCAUGAUUUGUUUUCAGACUGUUUAACCUACUGAAAUUAAGAGGAAUAUGACAGUAAUAUGCUCUUUUUUUGCUGACAGUCAUGCUUUUUUAAAAAGAACAUACAAGGUAAUUUCAGCAACUGAAUAUUUACUCUGUGUUUAGUAGUCAGAUACAAGAGAUAAAUGUUUUGUUAUGUGUCAAAAGUGAAACCCAGUUUUGUAAUGAAUUGUUGCUCUUCAUGCAAAACCGUUCUUCAGGAUCACACUGUGUCUAUGAUAUCUGUAGUGUAAAUUGGUGUGUAGAUAAGCUUGUUCUUUUAUUCAAAUGAUCCUGUCCUCAGUUUUGUGAUUUGUUUUUACACUGUUGUCUUCAUUGGCUGUUGUUUUAUGCUAUUUGCAAUUUAUGAUAUGAUGCUUUUUGUCUGGCAUAAUGGCCAUAUACAUCAUUUUAUUGUCUGUACGUGUGUUAUUAAAUGUCUAUAACCUAUCGAAAUAAAAGGAAUGUGAAUGUAA